AUGGCUUCUGACACACCUUUGGAAAUGAGUUUUGAAAAUGUAAUGGUAAACGAUACAGCGUCUACGAUGCCCAAAGCUGCCGCGCGUCUAGGAGCAGUGAAGAUUCAUCGAGACGUACUAAGCCAGAAACAAGAUAUCGAAAGCCUGGGCCCAGCGAAGAUUUUUGACGUUAAAUGCGUGGCCUCAUACAACUGGAUACGCAAGGACAGAGUGACCAUGUUGAUUCCCGGAGCUCCUCCUGUUUGGAACCAAUCAAGUGGUACAUGCAACGGUGCGAAAACUGAGGGGAUGCUCGAAAAUGGUUCUGGGGCAGCCUACAACAGUGUGCAUCAAAAUGAUUGCAAGAAUGGGUGGCUUGGACACCCACUAGAGCCUGUGAUCUACGCCGCUUCCCUCAUGGAUUCCACCUUCGAACUGAUGAACUUUGAUAUUGUGACUGACGCUACUGCCAUGGAAUGCAUGCUCGCCUUCAUAGCGCCUGAGCCCAAACCUCUUACGCUAGAAGUUGAACUGGCCAACGGGACCUUGUUCAUUGCCAACCGUGGAGCAGAACCCUAUUCAGACAGCUAUCAUCCCAUGGCAGAUGGCACUUUCUUAUGGGAAGACUGUGUUAAGGGCUCAACAUGCCAUCAUAGGGUGCUUUCGUACGUCUUUGGAGGACAGCGGAUUCUUCUUACGUGUUCCAGCCAUGGCUAUCUUCCAGCGCCGGCUGAAGAGGCAGCAAGCGGCGAAAAACGAGGUAACGAACCAGCCAUGAAGGAACAGGGCAGCUUGGACGCACCUAGAAUUGGUGCUUUAGCCAAAGAGUUCCCAGUUGCUCAUCGUGGUGGGAAGAACAUACCACAGGAAGCGAUCGUCGAUCUCAAGUGCUAUAAAGCGUCCAACAACUUUCCACCUUCAAAUGCUGACAUCAAGCGAUUGUGGAUUCGGCAGGUCCCAAAUAUAAUUCUUGAGGAGACGGGCCCCUAUCAGGCCGGGGUCCAUGAUGCGACCAGACUUACUCAUGAGUGGGAACAGAACAUGCAGGCUAACCUUGAGAAGCUUGCAGUUUUGUUGUCGAAAUUACGUUCUUACGGCAACCAAUCCGCCUCCAAGAAGCUGCUUAUCCGCCGCAUGAAGCAUCCCAAGGGCCCUGAAUUCUUGUCGGUUGACGAAAAUGACGUUGCUCAGAGCAUAUCCCCUGCCAUACUCAACCACAACCCAGCCUCUAUAGAUAAGGCCUCUAGUUCUGACAAGGAUGGCAAAAUGGGAAUAAUCAAUCGCCCGAAAAAUACCAAGAAAGGGGGAGAAGCGAAAGAGAAGUGCCGUGAGAUAGCUACCGUCUCGAAGAGCAGCUCCUUAGAAUCCAUUCCAUUGACCGACUGGGAGGUCGUGAAUGAUGGUGACGGUGAUGAUAUGGACUGGGUUGAGGUUGAUAAACCUGGACGCAAGUCAAAGGCUAGAAAUCUACCAAAUUAG